UCUAGGGAUGCGAGUGUGUGUGUGCGGGUUUAGGCAGCAAGUGAGGAUGACGACCCUUGUCCGGAACGGCACCCUCACUUUUAGCCGCCGCUACAGAUACGAGCCUCUGGGACUCAAGUCCGUCAGCUACAGACGCAGAAGAGCCAAACAAAGGCAAAUCUUUCUCACUACCUACAGGCUAAGUUCCUUCUCCCAAGAUUUCCCAGAUUCCAAACCCCCUUCUUCUUCUUCUUCUUCACCUCCUAAGCUCAAGAAGGUGGCUGUCAAGGUUAAGAAAAUGGUCAACUCUGUUCUCGUCUUCAUGCGAACUGGUUCCUUCAGAUCCUGCAGUUCUAAGUCCGCCAUCUCAGCUUCCUCCCCUGCACCAUCAUCCAACACCAAAACGUUUUACUGGCCCUGAUUUGCUUCAAUCAGACAUGGCGCAACGCACACUGUGAGUGAUGAAGACUUGCAGUAUUUGGGUUUUUAGAGAUAUGAAGGCAAAUUAGCAGGAUUUAGGAUCACCCCUGUUGCUUGCUGCGUCAUCUUCUUUCAGGUUAUGACGGCAAAGACCAAUAAGCAAGCAGUUUAGUUUAGCGGGUGUUACCUUGUUGUCACAGGGUUUAAAAUUUCAGUUAUUACCAUAUGUAUUUGUCUAUAUCUAGCGAUUAAUAUGAUGCUACCUUGAAAGUUAUGUGCUCGAUGAUCCCAGAAUAGAGUUCCUUCUGCGAUUUGGGUCGCCGUCAUAUAUACAAGGCAAUUCAAAUAGCAUUAAAGAUGCUUAUAGGUUGGAAUGGAAGUCUAAUUUGAGUUAACUUGGAUAAUUUUUAUGGGAGUUUCA